ACCUAGACAGAUUGCAACAGAAAGGCCCGCUCACCCGGCCCUGCCUGCCUGCCCGUUGCUGCUCACCGGCGAUCCCAUCGCCUCUCGCUCCGUCUCCGGCUCCGGCGGCUCUCUGACGAGCUAUCGGAGCAUGCGGCACCACCACACCUGCAGCCGGGCCCACCAGGUGGGUGCGCUGCUCCUCGUCGCCGCCACCUUCCUGCUCACCCGCCUUUUCGACCGCCUCCUCCUCGACGCAUCUUCUUCAUCCUCUCCCUCCUUCCCCCUAAGCAUCGCCCGCCCCGCCUCCUCUUCCGCCGACCUCCGCAUCUACGUCUACUCCGAGGACGAGAUCCAGGGCCUCCGCGCCCUGCUCCGCGGACGCGACGGCACCGUCGCCGCCGCCACCUGCCUCAAGGGCCAGUGGGGCACCCAGGUUAAGAUUCACCAGCUUCUUCUGAAGUCAAGGUUCAGAACAUUCAACAAGGAUCAAGCAAAUCUUUUCUUUGUUCCGAGUUAUGUCAAGUGUGUUCGCAUGACAGGGGCGCUCAAUGAUAAGGAAAUCAAUCAGACCUAUGUCAAGGUUCUGAGUCAGAUGCCAUAUUUCCGUAGAUCAGGUGGGCGCGACCACAUUUUUGUCUUCCCAAGUGGUGCUGGAGCUCAUCUAUUUCGCUCGUGGGCAACAUUUCUGAAUCGAUCCAUUAUACUUACUCCAGAGGGUGACCGUACCGACAAACGAGGCACAAGCGCAUUUAAUACAUGGAAAGAUAUUAUUAUACCUGGGAACGUCGAUGAUUCUAUGGUGAAGUCUGAUGCUCGUGCUGUCCAGCCAAUACCGUUAAGGAAAAGGAAGUACUUAGCCAACUUCCUUGGCCGUGCCCAGGGGAAAGCUGGGCGCCUUCAACUGGUGAAGCUUGCAAAGCAGUAUCCUGACAAGCUGGAGUCUCCAGAACUGAAGUUGUCUGGCCCUAACAAAUUGGGAAGAAUCGAUUACUUCAAACACCUGAGGAAUGCAAAGUUCUGUUUGGCUCCUCGUGGCGAGUCGUCAUGGACACUUCGGUUCUAUGAGUCCUUUUUUGUGGAAUGUGUGCCGGUGAUUUUGUCAGAUGAAGUUGAGCUUCCUUUCCAGAAUGUGAUCGACUACAGCGAAAUCUCGAUAAAGUGGCCAUCGUCCAGGAUUGGGCCUGAACUCUUUGAGUACCUAGAAGCAAUACCAGAUGAAAGGAUCGAGGAAAUGAUUGGUCGUGGGCGUGAGAUCAGAUGCAUGUGGGUGUAUGCAGUGGAUACAGAGCCGUGCUCUGCCAUGAGCAGUAUCCUGUCGGAGCUGCAGAGGAAGGUGCGGCGGUUCCAUCAAUCGCCCGAGACAUUCUGGCUGCACAACAGGUCGAUUGUGAACAGAGAUCUGGUUGAGUUCCACAGCUGGAGGACGCCAGUUCCGUUGCCGUGAACUGUAAAUUCUGAUUGAGACUAAUCGAUGAUUGUUCUGUAUCAUGUACACAUUUUUUAAUGAGACCGUUGUUGUUCUUACUAAUAUUGAGACGAAACGCA